CAGCGACUUUGGAAAGCGUUUCAUUUGCGACAGCGACACUGAUUCAGAGAUAUAUAUCUUUUAAGACAUCUGUUUGACUGAAAGGUAACCUGUUACCUUUGUGGUGGUGGGCGACCGUGACCAAAACAUUUGCUACUGCUUGAUUGGAAAGGGUUCUCUCUGGUGGGUGUCCUAGCCAAAACGGGCGAAAGACGUGAGGAACCCAAAGUGAUGGUGUAAAUACCUUCAUCGGUAGCUGUGCGCAAUGGACCCCUCCACGGCACACUCUCUUAAAGUGAGGAGAGGCCUUAAACCUGCACUUAGGAUGAAACGGACAAAUGCCCAAGAAGGACAAGGGCCACCAGCGGAGAGCCACAACGGCCAGGGUCAAGGCGACGCCUCCCGCAGAUGUCCCACGCCGUGUCCAACCAUCCAACGUCAGGAGAUGGCUGCCUUCCUCAGACUAUUUGAUGAUGAUCUUAUUAAGCAUUUCCUGUGGAUGGAUCCUUGCUGUAAAAUCACAGACAAGUAUUUGCUGGCAAUGACAUGUGUCUACUUCAAAAGGGCCUGUUUCAGCAUAGUUGAACACAACAGGGCAAACUUUUUCAUAGCACUUUACCUGGCCAACACCAUGGAGGAGGAUGACGAGGAGGGCAAGUAUGAGAUCUUACCCUGGGCGCUGGGCAAGAACUGGACGAAGCAGGAAGAGGACGCUUUCCUGAAGCAGAGGGACAGGCUGUGGGCUCGCAUGGACUACAGGGCUGCCGUCAGUCGCCGCUAUUGUGAAGAGGUGAUGAACAUGGUGCCGUCCCACUUCAUCUGGCAGCGCGUGCGUGCGAAGCACCACAGCGGGGCCCAGCGUGUCUACCCUGACCAAUACAAGGUGUACAUCCCCCGCGGACCCACGGCCAGUCCCCCCAAACCCUGCUCCCUCUGCGCUGAAUAUGCCGUCCUCAACGCCUCCUCAUCAUCAUCCUCCUCGUCCCCCUGCUGCCUGUCCUCCAAUGACUGCUCCUCGGCCUCCUCCACCACCCCGCUGACGUUCAGCUUGCCCAUCUCUCUGGAGAGUACGCCUCCUCCUGCCGCCUCCUCUCUGACGACUGCCGGCAAGACCAGAAGCUCCUCCUGGCUCAGCAAGAGACCCAAGCGCCAGCCGCAGGCCUCCAUUUGCUGCUCCCAGGAUCCCGCAGGGGGAGCCAUGGCACGCGAGGGAGAGCAUGAUCACACCAUGGACUUGAUUGUAGGCCUACAAGAGCCACCAGCGGAGAGCCACAACGGCCAGGGUCGAGGCGACGCCUCCCGCUUAUGUCCCACGCUGUGUCCAACCAUCCAAAGUCAGGAGAUGGCUGCCUUCCUCAGAUUAUUUGAUGAUGAUCUUAUUCAGCAUUUCCUGUGGAUGGAUCCUUGCUGUAAAAUCACAGACAAGUAUUUGCUGGCAAUGACAUUUGUCUACUUCAAAAGGGCCUGUUUCAGCAUAGUUGAACACAACAGGGCAAACUUUUUCAUAGCACUUUACCUGGCCAACACCAUGGAGGAGGAUGACGAGGAGGGCAAGUAUGAGAUCUUACCCUGGGCGCUGGGCAAGAACUGGACGAAGCAGGAAGAGGACGCUUUCCUGAAGCAGAGGGACAGGCUGUGGGCUCGCAUGGACUACAGGGCUGCCGUCAGUCGCCGCUAUUGUGAAGAGGUGAUGAACAUGGUGCCGUCCCACUUCAUCUGGCAGCGCGUGCGUGCGAAGCACCACAGCGGGGCCCAGCGUGUCUACCCUGACCAAUACAAGGUGUACAUCCCCCGCGGACCCACGGCCAGUCCCCCCAAACCCUGCUCCCUCUGCGCUGAAUAUGCCAUCCUCAACGCCUCCUCAUCAUCAUCCUCCUCGUCCCCCUGCUGCCUGUCCUCCAAUGACUGCUCCUCGGCCUCCUCCACCUCCCCGCUGACGUUCAGCUUGUCCAUCUCUCUGGAGAGUACGCCUCCUCCUCCCGCCUCCUCUCUGACGACUGCCGGCAGUACCAGGAGCUCGUCCCGGCUCAACAGGCCGCAGGCCUCCAUUUGCUGCUCCCAGGAGCCCGCAGGGGGAGCCAUGGCACGCGAGGGAGAGCAUGAUCACACCAUGGACUUGAUUGAUCUUCCUGAGCUGGAGAGACAGUUGAGACAGCUGGAGCAGGAGAGAGAGGAGGUGGAGAAGGUGAAGAGGGAGGAGAAAACCAUGGCCAACCACAAGAGACUGAUGGUUGAGCUCAAGAACCAGACUCAGACGCUGCUGGCGAGUACUGCACAUGUGGCUCAGAACAAAGCUCAGAACAAGGCAGAGAAAGAGGAGAAGAAGAAGAACUCUGGGUUCUGGCCCCGCUUCCUGCAGUCCUGCCUCUGCUGCAUUAUGGUGUCGGAGGAGGACAAUUGAAAUACUAUUAUUAAAUCAUGGACAUUAUUUGAAAUUUAUAUAA